GACCGCGAUCUUGGCAAUAUGCUGUCCACUGUGUUGGAGGACGGGCUCAAGUUCCUGUACGACCGUGUUCUGUUCUGGGCUCAAAACGACAACAUGCCGCCCGCCCCUCCCCCACCUCAAAAAGCACAGCCCAAUAAGAGGCAAGUCGUCUUCCGGACUGGCAGGGCAAGUCAGGACGGAGGAAGUCAAGCUGAGACAGAGGACGACUCCGCAGAUGACCAGGGUCAGACCAAUGACGCUAUAGACGCUGUCUCCAUUGUCAAUGACCCUGACCCUGACGUGACCCGGAAACAGGUCAUAGUGCGGCAGCGCAGAGCAGAUGAGAUACAGAAAAAGGAGUCCAUGGUGGUGGUAUUGAAGCGAAAGAGCAAAAGGCACGUACCGAGGAUAAAAGAGGACGCCAUAGAAGAAGAGGCACCAGACGCCUCUACGAUCAACUUCAACUUCCAGUCGUUGUCAGGGUCGGGACCAGAAACUCCCACAGCCAACACGGUUCGGCCUUCUAAAGGCUCUGUGUCCUUUGCUAUGGACCAACCUGAAACAGAGACAGAAAGCGAAAUGGCUCCAGAUGAUCUGGACGAAGCGAUGAGAGAUAGAGAAAGAAAAGAAAGAUAUGAGAGGAAGAUGGAGAGGAGGAGAAGGAGAGAAGAGGCAGCGGAAAGGGCGGAGAGGGAAAGAGAGAAAGAUGAUGACGAUAGAAUGGAGAGGGAGACGGGUGAUCCGCUGAAGGAGUAUUUCACCAAAGUCAUGGACAGUCUAGAAAAGUUGAACGAAAGCGGAGACUUCAAAGGCUUGAGGACUAAGGCCGAAGCCUUCUUGCUCACGAUGGAGAGAUACGACAACAGCGUAACCCCAAACAAGAUGGCGUACGUGGGGAAAGCUCACAGUUACCUUGGCAAUGCGCAAAUGGGAUUACGAAACUAUGAUUUCGCCUUGAUGCACUACGAUAAAGAUCUAGAGAUUGGGCAAAGAUACAAUCUUCCUGAAAGCGUGUCCAGGGCCCUUGGGAACAUCGGAAGACUUCACAUUUUUACAAAGAAAUACCCCACGGCUCUGAAGUACCUGGCUCUAAAGAGUAAACUGCCGAACAGUGAGGCGGAGAGAGCCUGGUUGUACCAUGAGAUAGCCUCCUGCUUCCUACAGCUCCAUCACUUCCAGUUCGCCCGAGACGCCGCAAUCAAGUCAUUGCAAGCCGCCACUGAUGGCAACGAUUCGCUGUAUCAGUUGCAGUCUAGCGUGUUGUUGGGGGCGAUACAAGUGAAACUGGAGAACUUUGAGAAGGCGUACGGGAGCUUUGAACAAGCAAUGGACUACGCAAAACUCAGAGGGGACAAGAAAGCUCAGCAAGCAAUCACCGAAGCUUUGCAAGAAGUGAACCAACGCUUGGCAAAGCAGGCCAGAGAACAAGUGGUCAAAAGCGAUGGAGGCUCUGGUGUGGAUAACGAGGAAGAGGCUAAGAAGACAGAAACAAAAACUUCUGAAGACCCAGCGACGUCCGCUGGAACUGACAUCAAGGUCGAUCAUCCAAACACCUCAAGCAUGAGAAAGGAACACAAUAAGGAAACAAAGACGGAAAAGAUUGACCAAAACCAGACACACGAACAAAGUUCGGCAAAAGAACCGAAAACGGAGUCUGGAGGUGUACAGAAAUCGGAUUUUCCUGCAGGUGUCAAAAUAAGCAGUCAAACCAACAUAGAGAAUCCGCUAUUUGCCGUGAUACAGGAGAACAGCGUAGUUGAAGAUGAGACAGAGGGACCUGGAUUAGAGCCCACCCCAGUCGACGGGGAAACUGAUCAGUUGGAAGACGGUUCCGCGGUCAAGGAUGAAGAGGUCUCAGAAGAAAAUGUUGACCAGGACGAACAGGUGACGCUGCCUGGGGCACGCGAGGUCUCUUCUGAUGUUCUCAAGGUCACAUACCAAGAACGAGUUAUCACAACGGAAUCGUUGGCCAAAAGCAUUGCCAAAGACAGAGGCGUGAGAGAAGACUUGAGACUGUCCCUGGGCUCCCUCAAGGAUGUGGUCAUGGAGUCUGUGCAGAAGGAGGCUAACCAGGGAGGGCCUCAAGGAG